GUUUGAUUUGUUAUGAUAACUAAACACAGUAAAUUAUGAAAUGUCAUUUAAUAUGAAUUUGCAAUUACUGUUCAGUGGCAAAGUGACAAGCAAAAUUAUUAAAAAAUGGUUUUGGAAAGUACUAUGAUAUGUUUUGAUAACAGUGAUUACCAACGUAAUGGUGAUUACUUUCCUACACGUCUGAAUGUGCAAAAAGAUGGUAUUAAUUUGGUGUGCCUAACAAAAAUACGCUCCAACCCUGAAAACAAUGUAGGCCUAAUGACCAUUUCCAAUACGGUAGAGGUUUUGGCUACAUUAACCAGUGAUGUUGGACGUAUAUUUUCUAAAAUGCAUUUAGUACAACCCAAGGGUGAAAUAAAUCUUUUAACCGGUGUUCGCAUUGCCCAUUUGGUUUUAAAACAUCGCCAGGGUAAAAAUCACAAAAUGCGCAUUGUUGUUUUCGUUGGUUCGCCCAUUAAAAAUGAGGAGGGUGAAUUGGUAAAGUUGGCUAAACGUUUGAAAAAGGAAAAAGUUAAUGUCGAUAUAGUUAGCUUUGGUGAUCAUGAGUGUAACAAUGAAAUUUUGCAAGCUUUUAUUAAUACAUUGAAUGGCAAGGACGGCACUAGCUCCCACUUGGUGUGUGUUCCCCGUGGUUCUGGUUUAUCCGAUGCCCUAUUGUCUUCUCCUAUUAUACAAGGCGAAGAUGGUCUGGGUGGUGCCGGUUUGGGUGGAGCAGGUUUUGAAUUUGGGGUGGAUCCUAAUGAAGAUCCUGAAUUGGCUUUAGCUUUACGUGUUUCAAUGGAGGAGCAAAGACAACGUCAAGAGGACGAACAGCGUCGUGCAGGUGCUGCUACUGAGUCUGAAACUGGCAGCACUGAAAAAACUUCUAGUGCCGGCACUGCCGCUGUAACUACAGCUGUUGAAGAACCUAAUUCCGAGGAAGCAAUGUUGCAAAGAGCUUUGGCCAUGUCUACAGAACAGAGUGAUGAUAAUUUGCCCGAUUUUGCCAAUAUGACUGAGGAAGAACAAAUUGCAUUCGCCAUGCAAAUGUCCAUGCAAGAUGCCGAUGAAACCGUUACACAACAAGCUAAACGUCCGAAAACAGAAGAGAAUGCACCCAUGGAUGUUGAUGAAGACUAUUCUGAAGUUAUUGGUGAUCCGGCAUUCCUACAAAGUGUACUAGAAAAUCUACCCGGUGUAGAUCCACAAUCCGAAGCUGUACGCGAUGCUGUGGGUUCUCUAAGCAAGGAAAAAGAUAAAAAGGGUGACAGUGACAAAUCCGAUAAGCAACAAUAAAUAAAAUAAACUUUGGAGGUCAAAAGUUUAUUCCUCAAUACAUUAUUUUGAAUCAUUUAUAUGCUUAAAUUUAUUUUUACUUUAAUUUUUGUAUAAUUCAUAUUUGUCGGAAAUGUGACCACAAAAUUAAACUCUGGAAAAUAUAUAAUUUUCUCGGUCACCCUCAUGUACGCUACAGCUAUUAAUAAAAUAUAAUACAUAUUCGUAAAAAAA